AUAUUUCAGUAUGUGGUGAUUUGAAGAAGUUGUAUUCCAAGUCUGUAAUAUUGAAAUGUAAAAGAUUCACACCUCACACCUGAGUCUGGAGAAGAAACUCUUUCCCACAGACCCCCUAUGUCCGGCGUCACUUCUCUUCUCAACUACUGACUGGAAUCCACUGAGGUGCAAACUCGCACCUCACAGAGGAUAUAAACCAGAGAGCCCCGGUCCACCAGCAAACACACAGCAGAGAUCUUCUCCAGCCAACAGUCAUGGAUAUCUCCAACUCUUCUCUUCAGCUUCAAGACAGCGGCGUCUUCCUGUUUGACUGCCAGAGCUUUCUGGAUCAGAGUAACCUCACGUCUGAUGUCGGCUACUACAGCGCCAGCAGCAGUCUGUCACCUACCUCCUCCAUCGAUUCCUGUGGCUUCUCUCCUCCUGCUUACACUUGUGGGGUUGGAGCGGAUAUACCACAGAUUCUCCAGCACAACAGCACUCAGGCAAAGAGAAAGACCGGACGUCCAAGGUCGAAAUUCCCUGGGGUGAAACGGGAAACUGCGAGCGAACGGGAGAAGUUGAGGAUGAGGGAUCUGACCAAAGCUCUUCAUCACCUGAGAACCUACCUGCCUCCGUCAGUGGCUCCGGCGGGAAAGACCUUGACCAAGAUUGAGACGCUGAGACUCGCUAUCCAGUACAUCUCCGAUCUGUCUGAACAACUUGUGAUCGGCGAGGAUGAAGUGCGUCUGGGAGUUGCUUCAGAGCAGAUACAGAUCGGUGACACUUCACUGAGCACGUUUAACCAAUUUUGCGAAGAACCAACAGUUAUUCAAAGAUCACCAGCUCAACAGUUUCAGCCCUGUUAUCAGAACGCAGAUGAUUUCCUCGCAUUUCAAACACAAGAGUUUUGGAGGCGCCAGCAGCAGCAAUUCUUCAAUGGACGUUGUUGAUCAAAACAGACGGAAAUGCAAAAUUUGGAAUC